UUACAUAAAUAUAAACAAGGAAAGCAAAAUAAUAUAUUCUUGAAGUUAUACAAGUAACAAACAUAAAAUAUAUUGAUUGCACAAACAUGCGGAAUGACAGCUUAUUUUGCAUUUCUACAUACCAAAACUAUGAUUAGUUUGUAAAAACUGCUUUAAUUGAUAUGAAACGUAUUUAAUUAUGACAUAAAUUAUUUUGGAAUAAAUUUCUACUUUUGAAUUCUGGGUAAAAGCACGUUGUUUUUACUUUACUAAUGAGAGCUAAACUGAGCACAUCUAAUUUUACCGAAAAUGCCAAAUACUGCUAAAAACCACCAAGAAUGCAGGAAAUCUGUUUGUUUUCUUUGUUUUAGUAAAAGUCAACGAAAGCUAACAUCAAAUCUAAAAGAAAGAUGUCAGAUUAUACUGAAAGAGAAAAUCAACUUUAAUGAUGACAAAGUUCCACUUGGAAUAUGUGAAAAAUGUCGCUCUUGUUUAAGAAGGAAGGAAAGUGGAGAAGACAUCACACUCCCAUCAUUGUAUAAGUUUGAGACUAUAAAACUUCGACCAGAAACUCGAGACUCUCACUGUAACUGCUUGAUCUGUUCAAUUGGUAAACUGAGACACAAUGGUCAAAUGAAAAUUGAAUUCGCACAAAGUUCAGCAACUAGAACACCUUCUUUAACAGUAGAAAAAAGAUGCUCAGACUGUUUUUCAAUUAUUGGUCGAGGAUUGCCUCACAACUGCACAAAAGGCACUUUGAGAAAUAAUCUUGUUGCUGUAGUAACAAAGGAUCCUUUGGCAUCAGAAAGAAUUGCAGCUCUUGUUGUUUCAAAUAAAGCUCCUUCUCCACAUGGAACUGUUCGAUUAAGUCAACUUUAUGGUGGAAGAAUGCUUCCAGUAACACCAAGUUCGUCAUCAGCUAGACAACUUUUCUCUUCAAAUUCAUCAAUAAGUGUAAAAGACCUUGCUAAAGUUCAAGCAAACACAGGGCUUUCAAACAAUGGCAUUAAGAGGUUAGCAGCUACUAUUAAUCAGUCAACCUCACAACAGAUUGUUGAAAAAAAUUACGCCAUAAAAUUUGACAAAUUCAGCAAGCAACUUGUACAUCAUUUCACAAGUUCAUUAAUUCAAGAUCACGCUGGAUGUGUGAGGACAGUCAUACAUUGCAAGAACUUCCAUGAGCUUAAAAAUGAAAUUAUAGCCAUGAGAAGUACAUCAAAAAAUCACAUUGUAAAGGUUGGAAUUGACGGAGGAGGUGGGUUUCUGAAAGUUACCCUGGGAAUUAUUGAAUUAAAUCAUGAACCUUGCAUUCCCCCAGCAAAAAUCAACUGCACAAGCAAGGUUUUUAAGGACACUGGUGUAAAACAACAACUAGUCAUUGCUGUCUGUGAGGAGCUUCAAGAAAGUUAUACUAACGUUUUGCAAGUAUUUGAGUUGAUUAAAUUGAAAGACCAGGAGUUUGUCAUGUCCUGUGAUCUAAAACUUGCUAAUAUAAUUUGUGGGCUUCAAGCACACUCAAGUGCACAUCCCUGCACCUGGUGUGAAUCUGGUUCAAAAGAACUUGUAAAUCAAGGGAAAUUGAGGACUUUUGAAUCUCUGGAAAAAAAUGUCUCACUCUUCAAGUCAGCUGGUUCCAAUAUUAGAAAAGCUCGUGACUAUAAAAAUGUUGUUCAUUCUCCAAUAUUUAAACUACCUUGAGACAC